AUGACUGCCUACGAAACCGCUGGUCAACCUCAUUUGGCCAAACAAUCUAUAGCUGAUAUGAAUCCCAGUCAACUAUCGCCAUUGACGCCUGAAGUUAUUAGUCGACAAGCAACAAUCAACAUUGGUACCAUUGGCCAUGUCGCACAUGGUAAAUCAACUGUCGUCAAAUCAUUAUCUGGUGUCUUGACAGUUCGAUUUAAAAACGAAAAAGAACGAAACAUUACCAUUAAAUUAGGUUACGCCAAUGCUAAAAUAUUCGAAUGUGACAAUGAGAAAUGCCCUCGGCCAGAACGUUUUCGUUCGUCUGGCUCGAGCAGAGAAGACGUUUUCCCAUGUGAUCGUAAGGAUUGCGGUGGUCAAUUUCGACUUGUUCGACACGUUUCAUUUGUUGAUUGUCCUGGUCACGAUAUCCUGAUGGCCACUAUGUUGAACGGCGCCGCCGUCAUGGAUGCUGCUCUUUUACUUAUUGCUGCAAACGAAACUUGUCCACAGCCGCAAACAUCCGAACAUUUAGCAGCUAUUGGCAUCAUGAAAUUGAAUUCAAUAUUGGUCUUGCAAAAUAAAAUUGAUCUUGUAAGAGAAACUCAAGCCAAGGAACAAUAUCAACAGAUUAUUGAUUUUGUCAAAGGCACAAACGCAGAGGGCGCCCCAAUUAUUCCAAUCAGCGCACAGCUGAAGUACAAUAUUGAAGUUAUCUGCGAAUAUAUUACAAGAAAGAUUCCAGUACCAUUACGAGAUUUUUCAUCCAAACCACGAUUGAUUGUUAUUCGUUCAUUUGAUGUCAAUAAACCCGGUGCUGAAGUUGACGAUCUGAAAGGCGGUGUUGCUGGUGGUAGUAUUCUUAAAGGCGUUCUUAAAGUUGGCCAAGAAAUCGAAGUUCGACCUGGUAUUGUCUCCAAGGAUAAUGAAGGCCGUCUUCAGUGUCGUCCGCUUCUUUCAAAGAUCGUUUCACUCUAUGCUGAACAGAAUGACCUUGCCUAUGCUGUACCUGGUGGCUUGAUUGGUGUUGGAACAAAAAUUGAUCCAACUUUAUGUCGUGCCGAUCGUCUUGUCGGUCAAGUACUUGGUGAAGUUGGAGCAUUGCCAGAAAUCUAUACGGAAAUUCAAAUAACUUAUUUUCUUCUUCGACGUUUGGUUGGUGUUAGAACCGAAGGUGACAGAAAAGGCGCCAAGGUUGCUAAAUUAACGAAAAACGAAAUGUUAAUGGUUAACAUUGGCUCCUUGAGUACAGGUGGUCGAGUCUUGGCUAUAAAGGAUGACUUAGCCAAAAUCCAAUUGACGAAUCCAGUUUGUACGGAAGUAUCUGAAAAGAUUGCUCUCAGCCGUCGUGUUGAUAAAAAUUUCCGUUUGAUUGGUUGGGGUGAAAUCCGACGAGGAACAGUGAUUAAACCACAAGUGGAAAUUCCGACACCACGAACAGCUUCUAACAAUUAA